CCAAAAACUGGUUCCUCAUCUGGGGCUGGAGCAGGUGGAGAGGACUGAGCUGGGGCUGUGCCCCACUCCCUACAGCUCCAGUACCAGACCAGGACCCUUCACCCACCCUCUUCCAGGGCUGCCCCACUUCCCUACUAACUUUGGACUCAAAAGCCUUUCUCCCUGGGCCUGUGUCCCUGCAGUUCCCACGUCUGAGGCCAUGGGGAGCCCCCUGGUGUAGUCUCCAGCCAUCCUUAGCGGCCAGGUGUAGGUGGGGAUGAGCUGAGGUUCCGGUUCAUCUGCCAGUGCCCCUGCUGCCCUCCAGGCCAUGGCGGAGGAGGUAGGGGCUUUGCUGCCUGUAGCUGAGUGGCUGCGGGCAUUGCAUCUGGAGCAGUAUGCUGGACACUUUGAGCAGUACGGGCUAGUGUGGGCAGCUGACUGCCGGGGCCUGAACGAUGGACAACUCCUCCACAUGGGCGUCACAAUGCCUGGGCAUCGCCGACGAAUCCUAUCUGGCCUCCAACGGGCCUAUGCCACUGCCUCUGAGGAGCCCCGUGGGCCUGCCCCUGCCCCUGCCCCUCGGGGACCUCCUCGGCCUGUGCCUGCCAAGCGCCAUGUCUUUCGUUCAGCCCCAGCCCCAGAUCUAUCCCUAGCGCCAGCCCCAGCCCCUUCCCUAUCCCUAGCCACAGCCAUGGUCCCAACCCUGGCCCCAGGACCGGCGCUAGCCUCAGCACCAGUCUCAGUCUCAGCCUCAGUCUCAGUCCCAGCCCCAGUGCAGACCCCCACCUUAGUUCCUUCAGCUUUUGCCCCACCUAUCCCUCCCCGAAGGAGUUGCCGACCUCCUGCCCCCUUUGCUUCUCUGGAACUUGGCCCAUCCAGGGACCCCGUGCUGCCUCCACUGCCUGCCAAACGACACCAGGUGGAGGCCAGAGCACCUUGCAUUCCACCUCGGAGUGGCCCACCCAAGCCUCUGAUGAGUCUCCCCACAGAAGAGGAGAAGUCACUGGAGUCCGAGCUUGAUGCACCUUUGUCCCCCAUCUCCCAGAUUCCCUCCCAGCCCCCUCCACUUGCCCUCAGUGCCCCAGAAAUCCCCCCGAAGCCCUCCCGCCUGCUGCCUGAGUUUGACGAUUCAGACUAUGAUGAGCUUCCUGAAGAAGGGCCACCAGCCCCAAGCCCCACCCCAGUGAUGGUCAACAAGGAGGAGCCAUCCCUGCAAGAUGUCCCGAGGACUGUGAGCGUGGCCAGUCUGCUGAGUGAAGGUGACGAGCUUGCGGAGGACCCUCACUGCUAUGAGGACAUCCCCAAUGGCAUAUGGGAUGAUGUUGGUCUGAGAUCCCCAAGCCUCAGCAACACCGCAGCCCCAGAGCUCCCCCUGCAUCCUAUGGAGGGGCCGCCCUGGACCUCAACUCCCUCCACACCUGUCAUCAAGGUUGGCUGGCUGGACAAGAACCCACCUCAGGGGCCCCACAUAUCUUACACUGCCAGAUCCUACAUCUAUCAGAAGCGAUGGGUCAGGCUGGACUCUGAUUACCUACGGUACUUUGACAGCGACAAGGAUGCGUAUUCCAAGCGUUUCAUCCCUGUCUCCUCCAUCUCUCGAGUUUCUGGCAUCAGUGACCAGAAGUUUGAAGUCAUCACACAUAACCGGACCUUUGUCUUCCGGGCUGAGAGUGAUGCUGAGCGGAAGGACUGGAUGCAGGCCCUUCAGCAGGCGGUGGAGGAGCAGCGGGGCCGGGCCCGGCUCUCAAAGGCCAGCCCCCUGGAGCCUCACUGUCCUGGGAUCCCAGACCAAGCUGGCAGCCUGGAGCUUCGAGGGGUGAAGAGCAAGCUCUAUGUGGUGGUGGUCGGUGACAAGGUGCUACUGUAUAAGAACUUGGAGGAAUACCAGAUGGGUAUAGGCAUCACUUUCAUUGAUAUGAGCGUAGGCAAUGUGAAAGACUCAGAUCGGAGAAGCUUUGAUCUCACCACUCCUUAUCGGAUCUUCAGUUUCUCGGCUGAGUCAGAGUCGGAGAAGGCCGAGUGGCUGGAGGCCAUGCAGGGUGCCAUUGCGGAGGCCCUGUCCACCAUGGAUGUGGCUGAGCAGAUCUGGGCUGAUGCCCCUAACCGACACUGCGCCGACUGUGGGGCCCCACAUCCAGAUUGGGCCUCCAUCAACCUCUGCCUUGUGAUUUGCAAGAGAUGUGCAGGGGAGCAUCGAUGGCUGGGGCCUUCUAUCUCCAAGGUUCGGAGCUUGAAGAUGGACCGGAAAGUGUGGACAGAGGAUCUGAUUGAGCUCUUCCAUCAUCUGGGGAAUGAGGCCGGGAAGCAGUUCUGGGCAGCCAAUGUCCCCCCUAGUGAAGCGUUGCACCCCAGCAGCAGCCCUGGGGACCGGCGGCACCACCUGGAGGCCAAGUACCGUGAGGGCAAGUACCGCCGUUAUCACCGUUUCUUCGGCAAGCAAGAGGAGCUUGAUAAGAACAUAAUAUAUACCAGUGAUGAUGAUGACGAUGAGAGGCCCCUGCACUACACUGAGAAGGUCCUCCCUAUCUUGCACAGCCUGGGGACUGACAGUCAUCUGGUGGUAAAGAAGUACCUGGCCAUGGAGGCCAUGCUCAUGUACCUAGCCAGCAAGGUAGGGGACACCAAGCAUGGCAUGAUGAAGUUCCGUGAGGAUCGAAGCCUCUUGGGCCUAGGCCUCUCCACAGGCAGCUUCCAUGACCGUUACUUCAUGCUCAACAGCAGUUGCCUAAGGCUCUUCAAGGAAAUCAGAAAUCUGAAGCAGCACAGUGGGGGCCUUGAGAACGUGAGUAGUAACCAAACCUCAGGCCAGCUCCAGUGGCUGGCUGGCGCUGUUGCGGCAUUGCUGCCUUACACACCGAGGGGAAGAGUCGGGCCAGGGAUGGGUCUGGGCGUGGCAUGAUGGGCAUGGCUCCUC